GUAAUAGACAUGAACGAUUAUCAGCGAAGAAGAUUUGCUUCCCGCAUUAUCGACAGCUUGUUCAAUACUGUCGCUGACAAGAAGAUUGCUAUUUUAGGCUUUGCCUUCAAAAAGGAUACUGGGGACACAAGGGAGUCAUCCAGUAUCUACAUUAGCAAGUAUUUAAUGGAUGAGGGAGCAAAGCUCCAUAUCUAUGAUCCUAAAGUACCUAAGGAACAGAUCAUCUUGGAUCUCUCACAUCCAGGUGUUUCAGAAGAUAACCAAGUGUCUCGGUUGGUCACUAUAAGUAAAGAUCCCUAUGAAGCCUGUGAUGGAGCUCAUGCCCUUGUAAUUUGCACAGAAUGGGACAUGUUUAAGGAGUUGGAUUAUGAAUGUAUUCAUAAGAAGAUGCUGAAGCCUGCAUUCAUCUUUGAUGGGAGGAGAGUUCUAGAUGAUCUUCACAAUGAGCUACAAGUCAUUGGCUUCCAGAUUGAAACAAUUGGGAAGAAGGUGUCAGCCAAAAGAAUUCCUUUCGCUUCUUCGUGUGAAAUUCCUAAAUUCAGCCUGCAGGACCCACCUGUCAAAAAGCCUAGAGUAUAAUGUUUCAUAGGUACUGAAUGAAUUCUGUGGACCUUCUUAGUGAUAAUAACUAAGCCUAUGCUUUUUUUAAGGAAAGCUAUUUUUCAUAAACUAAAAACCAGUUUUACACUAGAAAUGCUACCUGGUACAUGUGAACUCAGUCUAUUUUCAAAUCUCUAUUUUUAUAGCAAUUUUUUUGGUUACUGAAGAUGGUACA